UUUUAAAAUUUGCAUUAAGUCAAUCCUCACAGAAAACCAGUUGAAUAAAAUGCAACCUCAGCAGAAAAGCCAAUCCAUUCGACCUUUCAAGCAACGGAAAAGUUUAGCAACCAGAAAAGAGGAAGUUGCUGGGAUCCGUGCAAAGUUCCCAAGCAAGAUACCGGUGAUAGUUGAACGUUAUCAGAAGGAGAAAUACCUUCCCCCGCUGGACAAAACCAAAUUCCUCGUUCCUCAGGAGCUGACCAUGACUCAGUUUCUAACUAUCAUUAGGAGUCGCAUGGUUCUGACAGCCACUGAAGCUUUCUACCUCCUGGUGAACAAUAAGAGCUUAGCAAGCAUGAGUGUGACCAUGGCAGAAAUCUACAGAGAUUACAAGGAUGAAGAUGGUUUUGUGUAUAUGACAUAUGCCUCCCAGGAGAUGUUUGGCUGCCCAUUACUCGUGGCCAACCCUGAGUUGCAGCGGAGCUUUGGCCCAGGCUCCUGCAAACACCUUCAGCCCACAUCUGGUUAGGAGGUAACUGUCCUUUAAUUGAUUCAACAAACUCUGACAAGUGGGAUUUGUUUUCUCCAGUGAAAAAGAGGCUGUGCUGCCAUAAACUGAAUAGAACCAAUGAACAAAAUCCAAGCAUCUGUUUUGUUUUGGUCAUUUAAAAAAAAGUGUAAAGCCCUUAGAAAAUAUUAUUGUAAAUCAAGCCUCUGUUUUUCAGAAUGGGAAUGGGUUACUUUAUAUAAUGCCUCAUAUAAUCUCAUUGAAGAAGAGAAGAAUGGAAGUUGAAAUUGUUUAAAUGACAAACACUUCUACAGAGUAGGGAGAAACUUGAAUGGAGGCAUCCUCUGUCCUGUGCCACACUUUAAGAAAAGACUAUACUUAAAUCCUCUGAGACUAUAGAGAAUCUCUGUCCUACAAGUUGUCUCUGCCUGGUUAAAAAAAAAAUCCCUGUAGCUCAGGAAAUCCUGUUUAAAACAUAUCUGCAAAGUUUGCAUUUAUUAAAGUUUUUGCUGGUUUAUUUCAAUAAUUAAUCAUCUGGUCCUUUGUAUUGCUCCCCACACAGUCCCAAAUUCAUGA